GAAAACCCAGAGGUGAGAGCACCGCCCCGCCCCGCCCCGUCGGAGGACUACAAAUCCCACCCUGCCCUGCGCUCGCGCACGUUACGCCAGAGCAAGAUGGCCGACACGAUGGCCACUGCGGGGGCUGGCAGCUCCGGAACGAGAUCGGGAGGUAAACAGUCCACUAACCCUGCCGACAAUUACCAUCUGGCCCGGAGGCGAACCCUGCAAGUGGUGGUGAGCUCCUUGCUGACGGAGGCAGGGUUUGAGAGUGCUGAGAAAGCGUCCGUGGAAACAUUGACAGAGAUGCUACAGAGCUACAUUUCGGAAAUUGGGAGAAGUGCCAAGUCUUACUGUGAGCACACAGCCAGGACCCAGCCCACGCUGUCAGAUAUCGUGGUCACUCUUGUUGAGAUGGGGUUCAACGUGGACACUCUCCCUGCUUAUGCAAAACGGUCCCAGAGGAUGGUCAUUACCGCCCCUCCAGUGACCAAUCAGCCAGUGACCCCCAAAGCUCUCACUGCGGGGCAGAACCGACCCCACCCGCCGCACAUCCCCAGCCAUUUUCCCGAGUUCCCCGACCCCCACACCUACAUCAAAACCCCGACGUACCGCGAGCCUGUGUCUGACUACCAGGUCCUGCGGGAGAAGGCUGCAUCCCAAAGACGGGACGUGGAGCGGGCACUCACCCGUUUUAUGGCCAAGACAGGCGAGACCCAGAGUCUUUUCAAAGAUGACGUCAGCACGUUUCCAUUGAUUGCUGCCAGACCUUUCACCAUCCCCUACCUGACGGCUCUUCUUCCAUCCGAACUGGAGAUGCAGCAAAUGGAAGAGACGGAUUCCUCGGAGCAGGAUGAGCAGACAGACACAGAGAACCUCCCUCUUCAUAUCAGCACGGAUGACUCUGGAGCCGAGAAGGAGAACACCUCUGUCCUGCAGCAGAACUCCUCCUUGACGGGGAGCCGGAACGGGGAGGAGAGCCUCAUUGAUAACCCCUACCUGCGCCCCGUGAAGAAACCCAAGAUCCGCAGGAAGAAGUCCCUCUCGUGAGCUGAGAAGAAAGCCUGCCUUGUACAGAGAUGCGGACACCACGCUCCUGGGGGGAGUUAAAGCCGCUGGAGGGAAGCAGAAAGGGUGGCCUCCCGUGGUCCAGCGAGGCGGCUGGGGUGACUGGGCAUGCUUUUAACAGCAAACUCUGUGUUAAUAUUUCCCAUUUUCACCGAUGUCUGGGUUGAGGAAGAUAUGAUGUGGUGGUAAUAACGAGGCUUUCUUAAUUAGCCAGGCUGGACUGUGGGCGUAGGAGCAGCUGGCGACUUCAUUCAUUAUCACAGGACCUGACUCCUUUGAACCCGAGAGACCAGGGCAGGCCGCAGGAAGAAGGGGCUGCACCUUCUCUGCUUCCUCCAGAGGACUGUUUGCCUGGCUUCCGUUUCAGGCCGUGCGGGUCCCUUCAUUGACUCACAGACAACCUGUAGCACCAGUUUCUCACCCUUGAACCUCAGUCUUAUUUCUCUUCUCACCUGGGCUCCAAGCGCCCUGCUGAGAUGACGAAGGUGACUUUGCCUUCCCACGUGUCACUCCAAGAACUGGGCCGCAGGAGUCAGGAGGAGUGAGCAGGUGUGCACGUGGAGGAGGGUGAUGCGGAACAGCGCACCGACUCUCUCAUCACAUCUGGUGGACUCUUCCUACAAGGCAGCGCCCUCUGGUGAGAGGUUGGUGUUGGUCGUCGCUCUGUGGCAUGUGUGCUUUGGGACCACUGAGUCCUGCCCCAUCCAGGAAAAGUUUUCUCUGACAAGAGCCUCUGCUUGAUGUAUUAUGCUGUGACUUGCUGGAGGAAUCCGACCUUAAACAACAGGAAAGGGAUUGUGAGGGGAGAGGGGGGUGGAUAGCCUUGUUUGCUGAGAGCGGAGAGCCUCUUGGGUCUGCUGGAAGCCGGCACAGAAGGAAGCCAUGCGGCGGAAGCCGGCGGGCCAGGCCAAGGAGUUCUUCCAGAAGCAGAUCUGAAUCUCUUCAACCUCUUUGCAUCCUGGGGAAAGAUUUCAUCCUUCCUGAACCCUACAGAUCAAAACACAGGUGUUUAAGGAAGAUGGUGGGCAAGCUGAUACCUUUGGCUGGUCUCUGACAGCAGAGAUUGAAAAACCAAGUCUAAGGAAGAAAAGUGCCAGUGAACCUGGAAGUUUACACAGUAGCAGUGAGGUGUCCCUGGAAUUGUAUUGAACUCUUCUUAUACUUGGCUUCCACAGUCAUCUCUCUCUUUUUUUUUUUCUUCUUUUUUUAAUUAUUUUUUUAUUUAAAAUUUUUGUAUUGAUUUUCUUUUUUUAGGGAGAGGUAGAUAUGGAAACAUUGAGGAGAGACAUUAAUUGGCUGCCUCCUGUAUGUCCCCUACUGGGGAACUGAUCCUGCAAUCCCAGCAUGUACCCUGACCUAGACUCGAACCAGCGACCUCUUGGUGCAUGGGUCAACUCUCAACUGGGCAGGCCCACAGUCAUCUCUUAACCUCCAUGAGUCCAAUUCAAAAACCUGGUGACUUGGCAGCAGGCUCCCCAUGCGUCCGGCUCACUGUUCCCCAGGGCACCCUGUCCCGUCGCCCGGAAGGAAAGAGCUGCCUGUGAGGAACUGAAGGGGGAUCCCAGUGAGAAGUGGACUCCCAGCUCUGGGCUGAGUAAGGUUUUUCAGGUUUGUGGGGAACUGACGUUCUCCCAGGUGAAGGCAGCUGGGUGGGCCUGUGCCGACCCUGGGAGUUUGUGAUCGGCUGUUGGCGAUCCGUGGCCUGCUGAUUUUGACUCCAGUUCUGAGUGUGCGUCGUGGCCGAGGCAGGAGGAACCUCCCGGCGUGCUGUCUUCACGGCUCUUGGGAGCAUUCGUCCCAGUCAGUGUUCCUGCAGCUCCUCUCUUGUUACCGUGCAAAACUAGCGCCUAAGGUGGGAUUUGGAAAGGAGUCGCCAUUUCUGCUGCGGGGCUGUUCAAGGCUGCGCUGCUGUGAUUCUGUUCUGGAUGGGGUGCUGGGAGGUUGGACAAGCUGAGUUAUUGUGUAAGAAUUGUGCAUGUUCUCAAUGUAUACUUACAAACUUCUAUUUUUUCUAAUUUGGGGGGAGUUCUUGGAGGGAAUAAGUAGUAGAGAGAGCCAGAUGAAGAGUGUGAUUUGUGAGGUCUUAAUAAAAGGUCAUGAGGAAACCUUCAUAAUGAAACAGUUUUAUAAGCUUUGAACUUAAUUUGUAUUCAAAAGUCAUAGCACUGAUUAAGGCUGUAAACAGACAAGUGAGGCUUAGCCCUUCUGUUGACUAGGUACCGCUGAGAACUGUCUAAAACUUGAUUUUGGAGAUUUUCAAACCCAAAAUUAGAGAGGAAAGUUUACAUAUUUUCUCUGUUUAAUUCUUCAUCCAGCUUUAACACUUACCAUUUUUUUCUAUUUGAUUUCAUCUAUUUCUCUCACCUUUUUUCCCUUUACUUUUUCCUGCCUAGAGUAUUUUUAAAAACUCAUCCAAGACCUUUAUCAUUUAAACUGUAAAUAUGUCCUUACGCAUCUCUGAUAGGCUGUUUUAAAUUUUUGAAAUAAUUAUAAGAAACACAGGAUGCUGGGGGGGAAAAAUUUCAGGGAGGUCGUAUGUACCCUUCACCCAGUUCCCCCAGCGGUAGAAUCUUAUAUAAAUGCAAUAUCAAAACCAGGAAAUCGACAUUGCUGCAACCCACAGAGUUUAUUCAGAUUUUACCUUUCCUCUCUGCAUGGUUCUAUGCAGUUUGUCAUGUGUAGAUUCAGGCACCCACCCCCACAGUCAAGGUACACAUGUCCGUCACCACACGGCUCCCUCAGGCUCUCUCUUUAGAAUCACAUCCACCUCCUUCCCCACCCUAUGCCUGGCAACCACUGCUCUGUUCUCCUCCUCUAUAAUUUUAUUUUUAAAUGUUAUGUAAAUGGAAUAAUAAAGUUUGUAAUCUUUUAA